CAGUUUCCCUUUUCAGCGACAGAAUGAGGAAGUAAAGUCUCGGGCAAACGCUCCGGAUUCUGAGAUUUCAAAGAUAUCUGUAAAUCUGUCGACUUUUGCAAUGAGUCGCAUUUAUCACAACACGGCGUUGCAGAAUAAACCUGUACACAACGAGACAGUGAGUACCGUGUGGCAGCCGGCUGUGUAUCAAAGUGGCACAGGAGUGAUUUUGGAAGGUGAGCUGAUUGAUGUAUCGCGUCAUGUGAUCACGGAUGUCAACACUCACAAGGAUCGCUAUUACGUUCUGUACAUCAAACCCAGCCGAGUGCACCGGAGAAAGUUUGACGCAAAAGGAAAUGAAAUCGAGCCGAACUUCAGCGAGACGAGGAAGGUCAACACAGGCUAUCUCAUGUCAUCCUUCACGGUGGAGGCUAAAGGAGAGACAGACCGGCUCUCUGUGGAGGAGCUGAGGGCCACAGUGAGCAAAGCGGAACUGGAAAGGGUGACAGCGAAGCACGCUCCCAGCCAGACAGCAGCAUUCUGGAUCCAGGAGGGGGAAAUGCACAAGACCGAGUUAGAGGUGGGCCAGCAACUCCGGCUGAAAACUAAAGGAGAUGGUCCCUUCGUAUUUUCUUUAGCCAGGCUGGACGGGGGCUCUGUGACGAAGUGCAACUUUGCUGGGGAUGAAAAGGCAGGGGCCUCCUGGACUGACAAGAUCAUGGCCAACAAGCCAGAGAGCAGAGCUACAGCUAAACCAGCUGCACAGGGAGACGCAGCCGAGGAGAAUGAGUGGGAGGACUGAAGCAUGAAGAGUUGAAGCCUGGUCUCGUUCCGUUAAGAGACGGGAUCGCUCUAGUUUUCAGGAGGGUCAGUUCCACAUGCCUUGUUUCUUUCGCUUCCCGAAUCAAGUCUUUCAGCCCCGGAAUGCACUGGUCAUUACUGGGGUUAAUGGGACAGUCCUGGACACUUCAGGAUAAAUCCCAAGCUAUUUUUAGGAACUACAGCAGUAACUUCAUCAGGUGAUAUAGAGCCUUCUCACAAGGCAUCUCAAAACACAAAGGUCUAAUCUCUGCAUUUCCAGGACCGUGGAUGCAAGGUCCAUUCUUUAUCUCUGUUCUUUAUGCCAGUCUUUUCUUUAUAUUAGUUCCUUAUUACACACCCUCAGCUUGUGUCUUGAGAGUUAAACAACAAACAAGCCAGUCCUGCCAACGUGUACCGCCUCACCUCUUCACACGACCUGUACAUUUGCAAGCCAGCAGUUUCAAUACAGACAAUGCAUACCGUUUCAAUACAGGCAGUAUCAAUGCAUACCGUUUCAAUACAGACAGUAUCAAUGCAUAGUUUCAAUACAUCUGGAGGUAGGGCUUACACCUCCCCAAGAAUGUAAAUCCGUCAAAAGCUCACAGUUUACAUUACAGUUACUGUAGUGCUGCUUUUACUUAAAAAAAGGGCGUUUUAAUUCUAAUGCAAUCUUAGUUUCUUGCAUUUCUCUGUGCUGUAUCUGUACCUGUGAUGGUGUUCUAGUGAGUGCUGCACUCCUGUGCUUGUAUGUGAUGGUGUUCUAGUCAGUGCUGCACUCCUGUGCUUGUAUCUGAUGGUGUUCUUGUCAGUGCUGCACUCCUGUGUCCUGUGUCUUGUUUGACUGUUGCGUCUGAUGCAGUAUAACACAGUUUACCCUUGGCUUGUGAAAUAUCUUGAAAUACUUCAAACAAGUCUGUGUAAAGCUUAAUGUAUCCCACUGUAUUUGUAUACAUAUAGAUCAAUAUUAGAAACAUAGGUGCUGUAUAUGUAAGAGUGUAACAAGCUUAUUUUCUGUGUAUUUUAUUGUUUCCAGUGUAUAAAAUAAAUACAUGAAAAAAAAAUGCUGGAUGUACAGAGCAAUAAAAUCAUUUUUUUACCACC